UGUAAUUCUGUUUCCGGUUCCGUCAUCGUUCUUUCCGGUUUUGAGCCCUCUUGUCCUCCAUCAUGAAGGUCGAGUUGUGCAGUUUCAGCGGGUACAAAAUCUACCCCGGCCAUGGCCGGCGGUACGCCAGGAUAGACGGAAAGGUGUUUCAGUUUUUGAACGCCAAGUGUGAGUCUGCCUUCCUGGCGAAAAGAAACCCCAGACAGAUCAACUGGACCGUGCUGUACAGGCGCAAGCACAAGAAGGGCCAGUCUGAAGAGGUGGCAAAGAAGCGCACCCGGCGUGCGGUGAAGUUCCAGAGGGCCAUCACUGGGGCCUCCCUGGCUGAGAUCAUGGCUAAGAGGAACCAGAAGCCCGAGGUCCGCAAGGCCCAGAGGGAGCAGGCCAUCAGAGCUGCCAAGGAGGCCAAGAAGGCAAAGCAGGCAGCCAAGAAGCCUACAGCGUCGAGCACAAAGACAUCUGCCAAGACUGCGCAGAAACCCAAGAUCGCCAAGCCCAUGAAGAUCAGCGCACCCCGCGUCGGCGGAAAACGCUAAAUCUUAACGCUGUUAAGUUGUGAAUAAAUUUUGUGGUUCAACCCA